CUGCUAUAUCCUUUGUUGCUAGAAUACACUUUGCCCUCUACUCAUAACCCCAACACACAGAGAGAUAAUCAAGAAUGAUGGAGGGUGGCAACAACAAAGAGGAAGCAGGUCCAUCACGUGGCCUUAACUUUAGUGAAGACAAGAGAAAGGAGGAGUUAGAAGAGGGAGAUAGUGAGGAAGAUGAGCAUAAUCAAGAUUCUGCUACUGAUAUUAUUACAACAAGUUAUGUACCUGGUCCUCUCCUUUCUCUCAAAGAUCAAAUUGAAAAGGACAAGGAGGAUGAGAGCUUGAGGAGGUGGAAAGAGAAGCUGCUUGGUUGCCUGGAAAGUGACUUAAAUGGACAAAUGGAACCUGAAGUUAAGUUCCACUCAGUUGGAAUUCUUUCCUCCGACUUUGAGGAGAUAAAUACUCCAUUGCCUGUUAAAGAAGGCCAGAGCAAAUCUGUUCUUUUUACCCUCAGGGAGGGCUCAGAGUACCGGCUUAAGCUAACAUUUAGUGUUCUGCACAAUAUUGUUUCUGGCUUGGCUUACACAAAUACAGUAUGGAAGGCCGGUCUUCAAGUUGAUCAAAGUAAGGGAAUGCUGGGCACCUUUGCUCCUCAGCGAGAACCUUAUAUACAUAUGUUAGAAGAGGAGACCACUCCAUCAGGUGCACUUGCAAGAGGAACAUAUACAGCUAAACUUAAGUUUGUGGAUGAUGACAAAAGAUGUCAUUUGGAGCUCAACUAUUCGUUUGAAAUAAGCAAGGGUAGGUAGCCAAGAUGUCCCAGCUCUUUCUGGCCUUGUUGGAAUCUGGAUAUUCUAUUUGAAGUCUUGUCUUUGGAUUUGGAAUGUACCUUGUUUACUACAAUAUCAAUAGCUUAGCAAAUCUGUUAAACCAAAAAAAGGACUGACCUGUUUCUUGAUAUUUGAUAAAUGCAAGUUGUGAUCUUUCUCAUGAUAGAAAGAAUGAAUAAAA